AGAAUUUUAUAAAUUUCUGACCAAAAUGGCAUCUUGAAUUUAUAAAAGAAAUUGCAUUUGACAAACGUCUAUCAUAUUUUCGUAAAUAUUGUUUAGAAAGGUUUAUUUUAUAAUAAUUUAUUUUUGUAAAUAUGAUUUUCAUCAACAUUCACUGUUAAACCUGUACAAUUAACAAUUUACCUAUUGAUAUAAUUAUUUCAAAAGGACAAAGGACAUAUAAUACUACUCGAAAAUGUCGGAUAUGAUAAUAAAUGACUCGGUCCCAGUCGACAAAAAAUGGAAUGAAUUAAUAAGAUAUAAUAUUUUUAUAAUGAAACUCGUUGAAUUCGUGAUUUCACUUGUAAUUUUACUAUUACCGUUAAUAAUGCCAAAACCACAUGGGCAUAUGUACUGCAUAGCAACUGGCCCUACACUAGUAAUAUCACUAUUAUUUAUAAUCUUGUAUUUACGAAGAAAAGUGCCAUUAUUUAUGGAAAAAAUGUAUUUGUUUUUUCAAAUUUUGUUUACCUUUGGUGCUUUCAUUCAAUGUUUUUUAUUAAAUCUUGUUAGAGUUUGGCUAUGGUUAAUUUAUGGAGUAUUUUAUUUUGCAUUAUUGUGUGCAUUAACACUUGAUUUGUUUCUGAUUGCUAAUGAAAGAGGAUGUACUUUUAGUUGUGCAUAAUAAUAAUUUAUAAAGUAAUCAGUCUUACGUGUACCAGGCAGAAAUAGUAUUUUAAUAUAAUAUUGAAUGAAUGAAUAAAUGUCUUUUGAUUAAACCUAAUAAUGGUGAAAAGCCAUUUUAUUUUGUGUUAUAUGAAUUAGAAUAAUAUUUAUAAAGUAUACUACCCUAGGACCUUAAACUUUUAUUUGUAAUCUGAAUAUCUGUUAUCAAUCACACGAGAUAAAGAAUCACUGACACUCUUAUGAUUAGACAACCCUAAAUAAAAAAAAAGUACUACUGUCACACUAACACGACAACCGAUCACACACAACUUUUAUGUCACUGGGUCACUCUAUCACUUUAUCACUCUGUGUCACCUGUCAUAAUCAUAUGACUUUUGCCAAAAUAAUAACAACACUGUAUAAUGUGCAGUGAAAUAGUUUUUAGCUGCAAAUACAAAUGAUGAGUACUGUAUAAGUAAUGUGAAGAUCAUUAAUGUUUUUGCACUUCAAAUUAAACAUAGUAAUAUGAUCUAUGUUUCGUUUUCGUUGCACUUGCAAACGAAUAAUUAGAGCCACAGUGGUUUUGUUUUGUAUACAAAAUGUACUACAACAGCGUAAAAAUGCACUAUAAAAAUAAUAUAUGAUAUAAAAAAAAAUCUAAAAUUAAGGAUCACUAAAUAAUUUCGCUUCAAUAAAUAGGUAGUGGCACUGCUCCUCAAUAUACUGCCUCACGUUGUCGAGCCUCUGGACCUGUUACAUUGCUUGGUGGCGGGACCCACUGUCGUUUGCUCCACACUCUUAAUGGUGCUCUAUAUUGUGGACCAAGUACAAUAUGAGGCAGAGUUUUAUUACGUCGUCAUUGAGCUAUUUUUCACUGUAUUGGCAUUCAUUAAUCUAUUUAUUAUUGGUAAACUGAUAGGAGCCUUAUAUGGAUUGUUUUAUGCAGAUUUAAUAAUAGCAUUCUCUUUGGAUUUAUUCUACAUGCGUCAAGAGAGAGGCAUAACUUUUUGAUUGUAAAUUAAAAUUUUUGUUAUCUUUACUAUUGUAUUAUUUUAACAUUUUAACAUUAUGGAUAAGACUACAAGUACUGAUAAUGUUGGCCAGCUACAUCCUGUAGUUUCUACAAAUGUGUGGGUGUGGGUGUAUAACAAAUUAUGAUAAAGAAGGGUAACCAAUGUGCCAUUAUCAAAUAAAGUGGAAAAGAGUAAAACACUGCACAUGGACUAUUGAUUUUUACACUUUACAAAUGUUAGCAAUUUUAUUGAACAAAAUUAUGAGAGUGAAGCUGCGUGUGUUACUGUGGUUUGUGUGUAUUUUUACAGUGUUCUUUCUUGUUACACUUUGGACAUAUAGUGAUGUGAAUUCUGUAAGUGAAACUAAAAUAGAUUCCAAGUAUCCUGUAAUAGUCUGGUGGAACAUGGACUUCCAUGGUGUAUCAAGUAUCAAAUAUUGCUCCAAUGGAGUAAAAUGUAACAUUUAUGGUAAAAAUGACAAGGCUAUGCAGCUAUAUUACAAUGUAGGAGCAUACAUAUUCUAUGCAAGUACAUUGGAUUUUAAGAAUCUCCCAUUACCAAGAGAGCCUAAAGAUAUAAUCUGGGGAUUAUUUCAUGAGGAAUCCCCAAGAAAUGUGGAGGAAUUGUUACAUGAAAAGGCGUUAAGUUUGUUUAACUUUUCUGCUACAUUUAGUAGAUUCAGUGAUGUGCCUUAUCCAUUGCAACAUAUAGACUCCUUUGAGGACAUAAGAAGCAAGAAGUACUUUAUAGAGACUAGCAAGAAGAAUGAAUUAUUGAAUGAGAUUGCCCCAAUUAUGUACUUGCAAAGUGAUUGUGAAACAUCUACAGAGAGAGAUGCAUAUGUUAAAGAACUAAUGAAGUUGAUAAAAGUCGAUUCUUACGGCAGCUGUUUGAAUAAUAAACAAAUGCCACCGAAAUUCAAGGAUGACUACUUGAAUAAUUUGAAUGAAGAUGAAUUUUUAGCGUUUAUUGCGAGGUACAAAUUUGUGAUAGCUAUAGAGAACGGCGCUUGCAACGAUUACGUGACUGAAAAGUUUUGGCGUGCCAUCAAAGUAGGUUCCGUCCCAAUAUAUUUCGGUUCCCCAACUAUCAAAGAUUGGUUACCAAAUAAAAAGUCUGCGAUAUUAUUAGAGGAUUACCCUACACCAAAGAAAAUGUUUGAACACAUUCAGGUAUUACUCCACAAUGAUAGGUUGUACGAAGAAUAUUUAGAACAUAAGACGAAACAGUUGAUUACAAAUCAGAGAUUAUUGGAUGAGCAUAGCUUUAGACCUUAUCAGUACGAUGGUGUGAAAAUUAUAGAUAAAUUCGAAUGUUUUAUUUGCGAGAGAUUGCAUGAUAAAAUUAAUGGUCAGAUAGGAGUACAUAUUGUGAAUAAGAGUCACUAUGAUUGUCCUAAGCCACUGUCAGCCUUAACUUUAAAGGUAAAUCCUGAUAAUACUUGGGUGUACUCUUGGGAAUAUGCCAAAAGUAGUGCCGAAAGUAUAUACGAAAGAGUUAUUAAUGGAUAUUAUUGAUAUUUUUGUAUUGUUUUUAUUUCGUAAAUAUACAUUUUGAUAUAAA